AUGCCCAAGGCCGGAAAGGGCAGGGCAGCUCAAAAGGAGGCGGCAAAGAAACACCCUGCUCCCUACUCCCGCGAUAAACCAGCAUCAGAUGACAAGUCGAAUCAUUCGAUCCAGGACGAUGGCAAACCGAGUCGAAAGCGCCGCAAGACUAAGGGCCAGGACCUGAACGCGGAAGCCAGCAGCAGCAGCAGCAGCAGCAAGAAGGCGAAGGGAGACGAAAUCCUAGAUCAAGAAGCUGCGGUUGCUGAAACUGCCGAAGCCGAGUCUGGGUCUGUCGAACCUGGAGGAAGCUUCACUCAGCCUGCUAUGCCAGCCUCCACCUCGGAAGCCGCCGUCGUGGGCAUUGAGCAGGAGAGGAGCAAGAAGAGUAAGAAAGAUUCUGAGCACUCGGCAUCUCCCGAGCCCAAGAAGAAGAAGACGAAGCAUGAGCUGCGUGAGCUGCAAGCGCGCUUCCAGGAAGCUCAGGCUGCCGCGGAUGCUGCGCAGGCGGAGCUGCAGAAGAAGAUCGCAGAGCUCGAGAAGACGGUCGCCGAGCAAGCCGCUCAGCUGGAGACGAAGACGACUACAAUUGAUAACACAAACAAGGUGGGUUUUUGGUGGGUGCCGACGCUGACCACAGCUUCUCGCAUCCAUGGACGAGCACCGCAGCGCCGUCAGGGAGGCUCUUACGUGUGGAAUCUGCAUGGACGUCAUCGACGAGCCUCACGCUGUGGUCAUACUGCUUGCCGCACUUGUCUCUUGCAAUGGUUCCGAUCUCCGACUGCUUACCCUGCACCCGACAUUGAGAACGUUGAGCCCGAGGACGACCUGACGUACCGAACGAAGCAGUGCCACCUCUGCAGAGAGAACGUCUACAUUCGUCCCGUGCGAGUGUUUGCUGUCGGUUACAUUGCCGAGUCAAUUGGUCUGACGCGCACCAAGUCGUCUCCAGCUGCCAACAAGGUCGCAGGGGCUCCUGCUGUCGCUAAGAGUGAGACGGAUCUGUGGGCGAAAACUUUCCCGCCAGACACUACGAGCUACGUUUCCUGGGACGACGCCGACGGUGUCUGGAGAUGUCCCAAGUGUGGGUGCGAGGUCGCUUCCGGGGAAUGUCAGGGUUGUCACGCCCAGUUCAGCGACGCGGACGACUCCAGCGACUCGGAUGAUGAGGACGAUGAGGACGAGGACGACGACAUGUCUGGCGGCGAGAGCGACAUCGAGCCCGAGGUGUACCGACCGGUCAUUCGCACUGCUCUCCCCGGCCGCCGACCCGCUCGCGACAGCGACGAUGACAGCGUGCAUGCCAGCCACCUGCUGAACACGUUGGACCUUCUCGCCGAUGAGGCAUCCGAGGAAGAGGGAAGCUACGAUUCCGACUCUGGUAGUGACAGGAGCCGGGGAAGCUCUGAUUCUUCGCCCACACCGACCAGCACACCGACGCUGUACCCGCGUCGCGAUCUUUACCCCGAUGACGAGGAUCUAGAGGCUGCCGGUGAUGAGGGUUACGAAUCCUCCUUCAUCGACGACACCGACGGUGAAGCGGGUGAGGAGAUUGACCGCGGCAGCGAGAGUGAGGUCAGCGUUGCCGGAAUCGGAGAGAACUCAGAGGACGAGAUCGAGGAGCGCGUCGAGCGCAAGCGCCACCGCCGCGAUCGUAGCGGAGGUCGCUCGGCCCGCCGCAACGAUUCAGAUGAGGACGACGUGCAGAUCGUGGAUGAGCCGUCAGUGGAUGAGCUUCGUGCGCGCCGCGCCGCCAGGUUUGGAGGAGGGGAAGAACGCGCUGAGCGCGCUGACUCGAGCCAGCCCGUUCAUCGCCGCUCGCGCCGGGUUAUUGAGGUCUCAGACGACGAGUAA